CGUGACACUGCGGUCACGUGACCCGGGCCCCGCGGGAGCCGAGGCACCAGUUCCAGCUCCCAGAGUCGGAGAGAGGGCCGAGCGCGCCCAGCCCCCAGCCCGCCGCGACCAUGCUGUCACGCCUGCUGAAAGAACACCAGGCCAAGCAGAACGAACGCAAGGAGCUGCAGGAGAAGAGGAGGCGAGAGGCUAUCACUGCAGCGACCUGCCUGACAGAAGCUUUGGUGGAUCACCUCAAUGUGGGUGUGGCCCAGGCCUACAUGAACCAGAGAAAGCUGGACCAUGAGGUGAAGACCCUGCAGGUCCAGGCUGCCCAGUUUGCCAAGCAAACAGGCCAGUGGAUCGGGAUGGUGGAGAACUUCAAUCAGGCACUCAAGGAAAUCGGGGAUGUGGAGAACUGGGCUCGGAGCAUCGAGCUGGACAUGCGCACCAUUGCCACCGCACUGGAAUACGUGUACAAAGGGCAGCUGCAGUCGGCCUCCUCCUAGCCCCUCUUCCCUGUCCUCUGCCCCACCCCUCCUACCUCCCCCAUGGGGGCAGGAGAGGAGAAUAAAACACAAGGCUCCAUU